UGAAACUACGAUAUCACAUACACCGUGCAGCUUCCAACGGUCCUCUCCACUCCCCACCCCCAGUGGCCUACAUACAACACGUAUGUACAAAAGUCAGCUGAACGCGCAGCUGUUUGAAGAAAAAAAGAGCAAGCUGUGCUGGCUCUCAUGCGCCUCUCAACGCGGCAUUCGCAUCCGUUAUUUAACGUGAGCGACCACAAAGGUCCUUCGGACGCAGUGGGCCUGCGCCCAGAUUCCCAUUCUCCCCCUUUCCCAGCAUGGUGAAAAUCCGCAUGCGCGAAUGCGACAGGCCUAUGUAUCUAUCUCCUUGAGGGUUUUUUUAGAGGCCACACACCCAGAUCUUCUCCUAUAGCUGCGACGCGUAGAGAUGUAAUGAUGACGUAUACUGGCGGCAGUUUGAAUCUGAGAACGCGCUGUUUUAGUUUUGUGGUGAUGUCGACGUUGGCGGCUUUUGGCAAGCUCCCAUCGCUUAACUCUGCCACUAUUUUGUUGGUGGGAACAAAUGAAGUUUUCCAGCAGCAGCUAGCAGAGACGAUUCUUAAAGAAAAACAAGAUUUAAAAAUAAAUAUCCACUUGACAACCUCUCUUCCUUUACCUGCAGAGAGAGAUCACAUCCGGCCUCGGAUUGAUCUUAUUGUUUUUAUGGUUAACCUACAAAGCAAAUACAGUUUUAAGGAUAUUGAAGCUUCACUGCUACAUGUAGAUGCUAACUUCUUCCUUGGAAAAGUGUGCUUUCUGGUCAUAGGUGCUGGCAGAAUGAAUCAAAUCAGUGUGGAUAUGAAUACUAUCUUGAAGCUGGCAGAUCGUUACUGUAGUCCUGUUCUAUUCUGUGAGCUGGAAUGUGAGAAGGUCAGAAUUGCCACAGCUCAACGGCUGCUCCGGAUGCUGCAAAUAUGUGCUGGUCAUGUAUCGGGAGUUUCUGCACUCUCCUUCAAUUCCUUAAUGAAAAGCUCCAUUGAUGACUCCAGUUUCAUGGCAUAAACCUUCCUUUUUUAGCUUUACUAUCAAUAAUUUCUGGGUGAAAAAGUUUUCCAGGUAUUUGGUUUUUUACAAGAAAGUAACAUCACAUGUUAUAGUUCAUAACAAUACACGUGUGUGCAUCUCAGAAAUAAGGUUUAAAUAAUAAAUAAGGCUUAAUGAGGGCACUAGAAGUUGAGAUUACAUAACUUCAAAGCAGCCAAAUCGGUCAAAGAACUUAGGUCCCAUUUGUUGGCUUUCUAGAUGGCCAUCUUGUUUAUCUACAUGUAUGUUUGGCCUUGUGGGGGAUUUCAGUACUCUGUGUUCCAAAACUAAGCAGACAAAUGGUCAGCAGGUAAGCAUGGGUAAGUCAGUUAAAUGUAAAGCCAUGCUCCCAGAACCAAUUGACAGGGCAAGUCCAGCUGCAGGUUAGCACUUCCAGUUAUAUCAAAGAAGUUGACAUCUGUAUUCUAACCCCAGCAUGAAGAGGUGGACACCUCUCUUGCAUACCUGCACACCUAUGCUGGAGGUCUAGUAGACUCUGUUGAAAAAAGAAGAGUGUUGCUAACAAUUCAGUCAAAACGUUAAUGGGUUACUUGACCAACCCUAGAGUAAAGAAUGUCAUUAGUGGCCUUCUUGAUGGAUAGAGACACAUGCCCAAGUCUGACAAUCUGACAGACAAUAAUACAUAUGUUUGUGCUAGUUAAAAAUAGAUCACAGUACUGCCCAAAAUAGCUCAUUUCAGCCUGGUAUCAGAGCAUAGGUGGACUGAGAAUCAAGAGGCAUGUUUUAAGUUAUGGUAAACAUUGACUAGUUUGGAAGAAUCUGCAAAUAGCACAGAAGCUCUUAGAAUAGUAUUCCUCCCCCAAUGGUUUACUUUUCCUAUCCAAGUUCUGAGGUUCGUUAUUGGAUCCUUAUUAUGGAUAGUUCUAGAAGCGUGUUGCUUCAGUGACAAAUGAAGACUAACUUUUGUUCUUGAGAUCAAGAUGGUGUGCAUCAUAUGUUCACAUAUUUGUACAGUCUAAUUGUGCAAAUCUGAAAUAUUUGUGAAAAAUAUUUGUAGUUUAGAUUCAUAUAAUGUGAAAAAUAAAGAUGUCCAGACUGUUUUCUUUA